AUGAAAUAUGAGAUCAUUGAUUUUUCUCUUUCAUUACAUUACAAACAAAUCUGUACGUUCAGAAAUAAAACUAUGACAGAUAAAAAAAUUUCAACAACCAUCAAUUCAAAUGACGGAACAAAUAAAAUAGUUGAAAAAUAUCUCAAAGAAAGCGAUAAUGAAGAAGAUAGUGCUGAUGAAGAAGAAACUGCAGUACCUGCUUCAGCUCAAAGUCUUGGUAUUCGUGCACAAAAAAAAUUACUAAGUAAAAUUUCAUCAAAAUCAGUUGUUAAAGUUUUUAUUGAUGACACUAGUAGUCAUGUAUUAGACAAUUUACAUAAAUUAAUACGUGCUUAUUCAGAUAGUAAAAAAGAAGCUGACAAAUUACUUAAAUCAAUAAUAAAAACAAUUGUUAAAUUGGGUAUAUUAUAUAAAAAUAAUUUAUUUAAUGAAUAUGAAUUAAAAUUAAUUGAAGAUUUUCGUAGUCGUUUUCAUUCAUUAUCAAAAGCAAUUGUUACAUUUUAUGAAGUUGAUUUUACAUUUGAUCGUGUUUUUUUAACACGUAUGUGUAGAGAAUGUCAAGAUUUAACACAUAAAAUUAUAUCAACACAUUUAACACAAAAAUCUCAUAUACGUAUUGAUUAUAUAUUUAAUUAUUUAUCAAAUUUACAAUUUAUUGAAUAUGUUUUUAAUUCAAAUUCAACGGCAACUCGUGCAAUUAUUAAAGAAAUUGUUCAAGAUAUGAAUUCAUUAAUGGAUGCUGGACUACUAUGA